AUGUCCUUCAAGAUUUACAACGAAGGGGCCAAUGCCAUCUUUGACGCCUCUUCAACGGUCGAGGUGAUCCAUGAGAAUGACCAAUAUCCAUUUGCCCACGAAGCUGGCGUCUUCAUUCCAGAAGAAAAUGCCCUGUUCAUCACGAGCAACCAGUUCCCAGACCCUACGACCGGCCAGAAGACGAUCCAAAUAAGCAAAGUCCAACUCUCCCCCGAUGGGAAGUUCAUUAGCUGCGAAGAAGUCAACGCGCCUGACGUUAUCAUGGCAAAUGGUGGUGUGAACUACAAUGGCGGCGUAUUAUUCUGCUCGCAAGGAUCCCUGACUGCGCCAGGAGGUCUUGUAUUUAUGCAGCCUAUCGCGCCUUACAGAUGCGCAGCGCUCGUUACCUCAUUCUACGGGCGAGAUUUCAAUUCCUUGAAUGACGUGGUUGUUCAUUCUGAUGGCUCUCUCUGGUUUACAGAUCCAAUUUAUGGCUACGAGCAGGGUAUAAGACCAGCUCCCCAGCUACGAAACCAGGUCUAUCGAUAUGAUCCUAAAGACGACUAUGCUUUCGACCUAUCAACCAUCUCCGGCGAGCCAUUCCUCACCAACAAGAGAGUGUUCGCCAUGGCAGACACCGGAAUCCCCGACGGCAUCAAAUGCGAUACGAAAGGUAACGUUUACAGUGGCUGUGGCGAUGGCGUAAACGUCUGGUCACCAGGCGGCGUCUUACUCGGAAAGAUUAUUAUUUCUGGAGGCGUUGCGAACUUUUGCUUUGGUCGAAAUGGGGAGUUGUUUAUGCUGAACGAGCACAAGAUUUGGAGAGCUCAGCUAGCCAGCGGCGUCAAGGGGGCGCUGCUCGGCAUCUGA